AUGCCCACGGGUCGAUCCACGAAUCCAUGGCGUGGCGCCAGGUACGCGGACCAUUGUUUGCGGGUGCAAGAGUUCUUGCAGGACCCGGAAAACUUUCCUCUCUACGAAGCCAAGCACGUGGACACGGUCCAGGACAAGCUCCUCCGUGCUGGUGGCUUCGCCGUGGAAGGCGCCAAGCGCGCGGCUCCGCUGCUGUCGUUGCCUUGGGCAUUGGGUGUUCGAGCAGUGGAUGUGGUGUGGAACUAUGGCCAGUACGGCCUGCUGGGCAUUUUGAUGCGCGAGGAGAUCAUGCAGGGCAUCAAAACAUUGUUGAGCUUGAGCUCGACGCUGCAGGAUAUCCCGCCCAGGGAGUUGCUAGUAGGCAUCCUCUACUUGAGCGCUGAGCAGCGGAAAACUUUGAGGGAUGCGCCCGAUGGAUUCCGGCGCGUGGCAGUGGAGACUGGCCGGCCGGUCUCUCAACAUCUGCUGGAUGCGCUGAUGGGCAUGGCAUUGAUAGGCACUUAUGCUCCGUACCAUGAGACAGCCUUUGAAGUUCAACGAUUUGCUCUGCAACAGAAUUGGCGCCUGGUGACGGAGCGCUUGGGAGACAGCAGGAAGCACCGUCCUGCCUGGGCGCUCUUCUUGAAAGACGGCACUGCGGCCGUGUCCAUCAGGGGCACCGACGUGGAACAGUCCCGUGGCGGCGACCUCUUCACCGACUUCGAUGCCAAUGCGGGUGGCCUCCCCACCUGCGCGACCGGCGCGGCGGCGCACCGCGGGGUGCUGAGCGCAGCGCAGGUGUUGGAGCGUGAGCUGCGGCCAACGCUGAAGGUCUUAGCGCAGGCGGGCUACCGCAUUGUCUUGACGGGUCACAGCCUUGGUGGAGCCGUGGCGGCGGUGCUGCUUUGGCUGCUGCGCUUCGGCACGGAUGGGGAGCGCCUGGACGCGCCCGUCACGGGCAUCGGCUACGCGGUGCCCUCCGUGGUCGACCUCAGGACCUCCGAGGCGCUGCGACCCUACUUCACCUCCUUGGUCAACUCGAUGGAUGCCGUGCCCCGCUUGUCGCCCAGCGCGCUGGGGCGCCUGGCACGGGAGCUGCGGAGUUGCGCGGCCCAGAGCGGUGCUGACUUGGAUGAGGAUCUCAAUCACUAUGUGGAGCGGCUGAGUAGUGUUUGGGCACCACGAGUGAGGGAUGGGACGCCUGCGCCUGAGCUUCCUACGGUCAAGACGCCCACGCCCCACGCCGCAGAUGAGGAGCCCCAUAUUUGGGCUAGUCACGAGGAAGAUGAAGUGGACCUGUACAUCCCAGGGAACGUGGUUUGGCUGCACCGGGUCCGUGGGCACCUGGAAGCCGCCCUGGUGCCCUGUACGGCUGCGCCACUGCGGCGGCUGCUCUUGGACAAGCGGAUGUUCGAGGACCAUUCUGCUCGCGCCAUCCACCAGGCCCUGCGCGCGGUGCAAGCGCGGCGGGACGCCACCGUUGAGCUUCCGCCGUGGCAGAAGUUCUCGGACGCGGGGGAGAAGUGCCCUUGCUGCGGGAGCCGUUAUGAGUGGAUGAACACUGCGCGCUCGGGAAAGAUGCGAUGUCAUGCCAUGACCAACUGCCGCUUGUGCGGCCUGGUGGUGUGUGUGGGGUGCGCUUCUUCACGACGCUCGAUCCCCGAACAGGGCCUCGACACCGGCCGCGUGUGCGAUCGCUGUGCCUGGCGCGGCCCGCCGCUGCCGGAGCUCGGGCCGCUCUUCGGAGCACUGGCCGAGGCCAACAGUGACAGCUGA